AUGACACAGCUCUUCGCCUCUAGUCCGUCUGCGGUGACAAAUAAUGAGAAGCGCGGGAAUUUCCCCGCUCUCUCCCUUCCCUCGCGAAAACACUCCAACGAGUCUAGCCACUUGCCUACGAGGAUCAAGAACUUUUUCCGUAUCAACAGUUCAAGCAGCCACUCUCCCCAACCCAAUGCCUCAGGAAGUACCGAACGCGAACGGGAUAGCCAUGGGGCGGCCAAGAACGAGAAGUCUGCUUUCCGGCAGUCUCGAUUUCUGCCAGGCAUAGGCCGCAAUCGAUCGACAACCGUUGCUAGUGAAGGCAACCCACUCGACGAUGCGAUGUCGCCUACCGCAUCCGCCAACCCAUACUUUGCCCACCAGGGCCAGCCAGCAUUGCGACACCGCAAUGAUGGGUCAGUGCCAUCCUCUCCCCCCGACACCCCUGAGCUGCAAGUCACGGGGGUCUCGGCGGUGGAACAGGCGACCACUGCGAACAAAGAGGAAUUAGCGCGCAAGUUACGACGUGUGGCUUCUGCCCCGAAUGCCCAAGGCCUAUUCACAAGUGGUCAGGGUGACCGUCCUCAGACAGCGGAACUGGGCAAGGAGCCCCUGGUGGAACAGUCGGGCGGAUCAAUGGGCCUCGCAGAUCUAAGCAACGACGAGUCGAAUCUGGCGAUACCUUCUUCACUCAGCUCAGAUUUCGGCAGUAACGCUUCUUUCCGCCGCACCUAUAGUUCGAACUCUAUCAAAGUUCGAAAUGUGGAGGUUGGCCCCGCCAGCUUCGAUAAGAUCAAGCUGAUCGGCAAGGGUGAUGUUGGCAAAGUUUAUCUGGUGCGCGAGAAGAAAUCGAGCCGUCUGUAUGCCAUGAAAGUUUUGAGCAAGAAGGAGAUGAUCAAACGGAACAAGAUUAAACGGGCUUUGGCCGAACAAGAGAUUCUGGCUACGAGCAACCACCCGUUCAUUGUCACCCUAUACCACUCCUUCCAAUCAGAGGAUUAUCUGUAUCUCUGCAUGGAGUACUGCAGUGGUGGCGAGUUCUUCAGGACCCUGCAAACCCGCCCCGGCAAGAGUAUUUCCGAGGAUGCAGCUCGUUUUUACGCCGCAGAGGUUAUUGCUGCGCUGGAAUAUCUCCAUCUCAUGGGUUUCAUCUACCGUGACUUGAAACCCGAAAAUAUUCUUCUUCACCAGUCUGGUCAUAUCAUGCUUUCUGAUUUCGAUUUGUCCAAGCAAUCCGGACCCGGGGGUGCCCCAACCAUGAUUCCCGCACGAAGUGGUGGCAACUCCACCACAGGGUUGCCUACGAUUGAUACCAAGUCAUGUAUUGCCGAUUUCCGAACAAAUUCUUUCGUCGGGACGGAAGAGUAUAUUGCACCUGAGGUGAUCAAGGGCUGCGGUCACACCAGUGCUGUUGAUUGGUGGACCCUGGGCAUUUUGAUUUACGAAAUGCUGUACGGCACUACUCCAUUCAAAGGCAAGAACCGAAACGCGACGUUUGCCAGCAUUCUGCGGGAUGAGGUGAACUUCCCAGAGCACUCGGGUGUGCAGCAGACAUCAAACCUGUGCAAGUCCCUGAUCCGUAAACUGCUGAUCAAGGAUGAAACUAAGCGCCUAGGAGCCCGCGCUGGUGCCUCCGAUGUCAAGACUCACCCCUUCUUCCGACAGACCCAAUGGGCACUCAUUCGUCACAUGAAGCCACCUAUGAUUCCCCACCAGGGUCGUGCCGGCACGGAUACGGUGAACUUCCGCAACGUCAAAGAGAGCGCUAGCGUAGAUAUUGGCGGCACCGAUUCUACUAAGAUGAAGGGUGUUCCAAUGGAUUCGGGCCUCGCGACUCCGAACGGCGAACUCAACGAUCCCUUCGAGGAGUUCAACAGUGUCACCCUCCACCACGAGGGGGAUAUGUAA